UGCAGCUGCUCGGUGGAGGCUCUGAAGCUGUUGACCGUUCGAGGGAAGGGCGAGGAGCUGCUGCGGAUGAUGGAGGAGGAGAAGGGUUGGGAUUUGAUGAGGAGCCCUGAAUCGCAUCACCAAGGGGUGGCAGUGCUGGCCAGGGCGAUGGCUCAACAUGGAGUCACUCACCUCAGCAGCAUUGUGGAGCAGCUGGCCCCCAUGCUGAGCAGCCCGUACGAGGGCCAGAGAGUCACCACCGUCGCUUUCUUCGGAGAGGUGAGUGUGCGUGCAUCGUGCUGCAGACAGAGUGGCACCCCGCUUCCCCUCCCCCCUCUGCACUCCCCACCAUCCCCCAUGAUUAUCCCUGCCCCUCCAGGGGGGCAGGGGAG